GGUGUCUGUGCCGCUGCUGAAGACGCUGGACCAGAUGCUGGCCAACGGGUGCUUUGAUGUCUUCGCGUUGGAGGAGGACCACCCCUUUGCUGUGAAGUUGCUCACGCUUUGCAAGGAGGAAAUGAAGAAGUCCAAAGACAUCCAGAAGCUUCGGUCGAGCAUUGCCGUGUUCUGUGGCAUGAUCCGGUUCCCCGGCGAGGUCAGGAAGAGCGUGCUGCUGCAGCUGCUGCUGCUGCUUUGCCACCCGUUCCCCGUC